AUGUCUCAAGGUAACUGGGAUCACCUAGACAAGUACCAAGUAAAGAGAUUGGAAGAAAUGCUAAUUGUUGUUGAUGAAAAUGAUAAGGUGAUUGGUGCUGAGAGCAAGAUGAACUGCCACCUGAAUGAAAACAUUGAAAAAGGGCUAUUACAUCGUGGUUUCUCUGUAGUCUUAUUUUCUACAGAUAACAAACUAUUGCUACAACAGAGAACAGACACUAAAUAUACUUUCCCAGGGUGUUAUUCUGACAGUUGUUCUAGUCAUCCACUAUAUGAACCACUAGAAAUGGAGGAUGGUAAUGCAAUUGGAGCAAGGCGGGCUGCUAAGCGACGUUUGCAUGUUGAAUUAGGAAUUCCCCAGGAGCAGAUCUCCCUCGAUGAUAUCAUGUUAGUGACAAGAAUUCACUACAAGUUGCGUGCAAAUGAAGUACUGGGAGAACAUGAAAUUGGUUACCUUCUCUUUGUAAGGAAAGAUGUCACUUUGAAUCCGGACCCCAGAGAAGUAAAAGACUAUAUUUAUGUGACAAAGGAAGAAUUACAAGAUCUUCUGGAACAAGAAGCCAAGGGCAAAACCAAGUUUUCUGGAUGGUUCCACAUAAUUGCAAACUUUUUUCUGUUUAAAGCAUGGGAUCAUUUAAAUGAUGUGAAACCAUUUCUUGAACCUGACAAAAUAUACAGAGUCUAA